AUGGUCACGUGCGGCCGUCAAACGUUCAAUAUGCUGCCCAUGGCGCCGAUGAAUCCCUUUGUUGUUGGCCUGACACCCACUUCGAUGGCAGCGGCAGCUGCAGCAGCGGCCGCCGCUGCCGCUGUGGCGGCCAGUACGGCAACCACAACAACAGCAGCAACCACAACGAGCACGGUGGCAAGCAACAAUAAACCAAAGCUGGCCUUUAGCAUAGAUUCCAUAGUGGGUAGUGGCAGUGGCGGCAGCAGCAGCAGCUCCAGCAACUCCCAGGAAUCGCGUCCUUUGCGGGUCAGCGUGAUAUCCUCGCCAUUGAGCGCCUCGCAGCGCAGCGAGAGUCGCAGCCCGACCGCUGUAGAGGAUUCUCCACAUCAUCAUCAUGGGCAUAGUCAGUCGCUUGGUUAUGCUUCUGCCACACCACGUGGUUUUAUUUAUUGCCGACGUCGCACCUCUCUGGAUCGCAGUCGAAGUCGCAGUCCACAGCCGCCCGCAGCCCGACGCAGCUGCUCCCGCUCGCCCUUGGCUUCCAAUCAACAGGCGCGCAAUAGUCGUUCGCCAUCUCCCGCUUCCGUGGGCGGGGCACCUCCCCUGGUGGUGCCCGGACUGCCGGCAGGACUUAUACGACCGCUUCCCUUGCAGGCGCCGCCAAAUUUAGCUUUACUUGCCGUACGCUCCACGGCCUCCUUGGUCAAUGGUGGCAUUGCCAAUUCGCCAACCACAACCACACAGGCUCCAACAGCUCCCCCGGCACCACCGCCCCCAUUUCUCGCUGCCCAAUUUCAAAUGGCCGCUGCACUGGCCCAUCACCACCAGCAGCAACAACAACAACAUCAACACCAUCAUCCGCCCGUGCCAACGGCUCCACCACAUGCUGGGCCACCGCAUAUGCCGCCUGUGCAUCCACUGGGUCUGUUUCCGCCAGGCCCACACCCGCCGCCUCCCCAUGGCCACGCCUUCGUGGGCGCUCCUCAUCUCAUACGUGAUAGUUAUCCGCUGUAUCCGUGGCUGCUCAGUCGCCACGGUCGCAUAUUUCCACGUUUUCCGGGCAACUUCCUGCUGCAGCCAUUCCGUAAGCCCAAACGCGUCCGGACCGCAUUCUCGCCCACUCAGCUACUUAAGUUGGAGCAUGCCUUCGAGGGUAAUCACUAUGUGGUGGGUGCAGAGCGCAAGCAACUGGCGCAGGGUCUGAGUCUAACAGAGACACAGGUCAAAGUUUGGUUUCAAAACCGUCGCACCAAGCACAAGCGAAUGCAACAAGAGGGCGGCGACAGCGAUGCGAAAAGCAACAAAGGCAGCUCCUCGGGCGGUGGCGGUGGUGGUGGUUGCGGCACUAGCGGUGAUGGCGACGAUGACGGCAAGCACGAUGGCUCGCAGCACAGCUUCGAGGAUGCCGAGGAUGUGGAGGAGGAGGACGAAAUCGAGGAUGAUGACGAAGACGAGGUCAUCGAUAUGGACGACUAUGGCAGCGAGCUGGAUGUCGAGGAGCAUCAGCGUCUGCGCGAGCAGUUCCAGCAACAGUUGCAGCAACAUCAGCAACACUUGCUGCAGCAACAGCAACAACAACAACAACAGCAGCAGCAGAACGAAGCUACUUCCAAUGGCGGCGCUUUAACGCAACAGCAGUUGCUGCAACAGCAUCAGCAACACUUUCAACAGCAGCAGCAGCAACAUUUUAUGCAACAGCAGCAAAUAUAUUUGCAGCAGCAGCGCGAGAGAGAGCGUGAAAGGGAGCGCGAUCGCGAAAGAGAUCGAGAGAGGGAGCGAGAGCGAGAGCGGGAAAGAGAGCUCCCGAAGCAGUAG